UGGUGUGACUUUCUAGUGAUUACAACCGGAAGUGACUAACAUUGGAUUAAGGAAACGGUCCGUCUGUCAAGGAAGUCGCCGGAUUAGAAAUUUAGAAAAUAACGCUUGCUAAAAUGAAGAAUUGUCAAUACAAUACUAUCAGAAUAUGUUUCGCUGUCUGAAGAACUAGCUGUUUUGGGUUAGUUUAAGAUAGUCGGUAAAGGGGCGAACCUUGCAGAACGGCUAAAGUACUUGUUGAUUUUAGUUGGCAAGUACUGUUCAUUUUAGUUGGCUUGAUGUUGGUGUUUGUUGCUUGUCUUCAACUAGCUAGCAGACAACAGUGUAGCUAAGUAAACGCAAUGUUCACCUAAACUGACUGAAGUAAAAUGGAACGUAUUCGAGUUUAUCUGGAGGGUCUUAAGCAAGGAUUGCAAAUUGAUGUCCUGCGGGACGUCGGACGUCAAUAUCCUGUCAUCUGCUUUCUCCUGGUUUUUAUGCUUUUCUCAACCGUUCUUUUAAAUCGGUAUCUCCACAUUCUAAUGGUGUUUUGGUCCUUCCUGGCUGGGGUGAUUACAUUCUAUUGCUCCCUUGGUCCGGAGUCCCUUCUUCCAAACAUCCUGUUCUCCAUAAAGCCAAAAAACAAACAGCAGGCGCAACAGGAGUUGUUUCCGUUGGGACACAGCUGUGCGGUAUGUGGGAAAGUAAAGUGCAAACGUCACAGGCCAACAUUACUCCUGGAAAAUCAUCAGCCAUGGUUGGACUUGAAAGUAUAUUCCAAAGCGGACGCUUCCAUAUCCGAGGUGCUCGAGUUGGUUCUGGAGAAUUUUGUGUAUCCCUGGUACAGGGACAUCACAGAUGAUGAGGCGUGCAUAGAUGAACUGAGAAUGACUUUCCGGUUCUUUGCGUCUGUGUUAGUUCGACGUGCCCAAAGGGUCGAUGUUCCCUCGAUUAUUUCUGGGAAAAUGAUGAAAGCUGCCAUGAAGCAUGUCGAAAUCAUUACAAAGGCUAAGCAGAAAGUGAAGACCACAGAGGGUUUGCAGCAGGCUGCUCUGGAUGAAUACGGUCCUGACAUUCAUGUUGCCCUGCGCAGUCGCAGGGAUGAGCUUCUAUAUCUCCGGAAGCUGACGGAGAUGCUGUUUGCCUAUCUAAUGCCCCCCAAAGCCACUGACUGCAGAUCUCUUGCUCUGCUGAUGCGAGAGGUCAUGGUGGGGUCUGUCUUCCUGCCCACCAUGGACUUCAUGGCUGAUCCUGAUACAGUAAACCUCAUGGUGCUAAUAUUUGUUGAUAAAUCUCCACCUGAACAGGCCACAGAGCCCCCGUCCACCUUAGUUCCAUUCCUGCAGAAAUAUGCUGACCCUCGUACCAAGAAGACAUCUGUGCUGAAACUGGAGCUGAAGGAGAUCAGGGAGCAGCAGGACCUUCUCUUCCGCUUCAUGAACUUCCUGAAGCAAGAGGGGGCCGUGCAUGUGCUCCAGUUCUGUCUCACCGUGGAGGAGUUCAACGAUAAGAUCCUGCGUCCGGAGCUGAGCGACACUGAGCUGCAGCGGCUGCAUGGAGAGGUGCAACACUUCCACGAGACCUACUGCCUGGAGGAGAGCGUGGACAAGAUCAACUUUGACCCCUUUAUCGUUGAGGAAAUACGGAACGUUGCACAGGGUCCGUACCAGGGAGUGGUGAGACUGCAGACCAUGCGCUGCUUGUUUGAGGCCUAUGAGCAUGUGCUGUCGCUGCUGGAGAACGUCUUCACCCCCAUGUUCUGCCACAGUGACGAGUAUUUUCGACAUCUGCUGAGGGGGGCAGAGUCGCCCAGGAGGGACUCCAGAAUAAACAGGAAUAGUCUGAGUUUGGAUGAUAUCAGGAACACUUCAAAGCGAGGGGAGACCUUUGGCAUAAGCAGGAUCGGCAGCAAAAUCAAAGGUGUAUUCAAAAGCACCACCAUGGAAGGUUCUCUACUGCCGUAUUCCAUGGUCGACGCCGAAGAUGAAACGGUGGAGGAGGCCACGAUAGUGGUUGAGGACGACACGCCGGCUGAGAUCAGCUCCACCCCAGGAGCCCUGAGGAACCUGUCAGCCUGGAGCAUCACCAUCCCCUACAUUGACCUCUACGACGACGAGGUCAAGAGGGAGAGGGUCCCUGUGUUCUGUAUUGACGUGGUGCGCAACGACAGGAAGGAAGUUGGACAUGAAACUGAGACUUGGUCCAUCUUCAGAAGAUACUUGGAAUUCUACGUUCUAGAAAAUAAGCUCACAGAGUUUCAUGGCUCAUUUGCAGAUGCACAGCUUCCCUCCAAGAGAAUUAUUGGACCAAAGAACUGUGAGUUCUUGGCUUCUAAGAGGGAGGAAUUUGAGGAGUAUUUGCAGAGACUGCUGCAGCACCCCGAGCUCAGUAACAGCCAGUUGCUGGCUGACUUUCUGUCUCCGAACAGUAUGGAAACUCAGUUCAUGGAAAAGAUGAUGCCUGAUGUCAACCUGGGAAAAAUAUUCAGGUCUGUUCCAGGAAAAAUUAUAAAAGAAAAAGGACAGAACCUGGAGCCCUUUAUCCAGUCCUUCUUUAACUCCUGUGAAUCUCCCAAACCCAAACCCAGUCGACCAGAACUCACGAUCCUUAGCUCUGCUGCGGAGAAAAGCAAAUUCAUCACUGACCUGUAUAAAAACAACGCUAACCUGUCAGAGUGUGUGGAGAAAAAACACAAUCACAACUACUUUAUGGAGAUGAUCUCAGUCGAAGGAAUGUAUGACUAUAUGAUGUUUUUGGGUCGAGUAGUGUUCCACAUGCCAGACUGGUUGCAUCACAUCCUGUCUGGCGGUCGCAUCCUGUUCAAGAACACCAUGGAGGCAUACAUGGAGAACUACAUUCAGCACAAACUGGACAUGAUCCUGCAGGAGCACCGUGUGGUCUCUCUCAUCACCAUGCUCAGAGAUGCAGUGUUCUGCGAGACCAGCGAGGAACGCACACCCCUAGACAAGCAGAGGAGAGCUAAGAAGGCGUUUGAAGAAAUGCUAAACUACUUGCCAGACUUUGUGGAGAAGUGCAUCGGGCAGGAGGCCAAGUACGAGGGCGUUCAGCUCCUCUUCGACGGUUUCCAGCAGCCACUUCUCAACAAGCAGAUGACGUACAUCCUGAUGGAUAUUGCUGUUGAGGAACUUUUUCCAGAGCUUGGCAGGGUAAACCAUCGACAAACAGAUGCACAGAGAGACUCAUCAGCCCAGAUGUAGUUCAUGGAUGUAGAUGGCAGCUUCCCUUUCCUGGAGCCAUGGGACAACCAGUACCCUUAGCAAAUUCCUAUGUCUCCACGAGCAUAUCGUAUCAACAUUCCAAUGUAUAAUAAUGCACUAAUAAAACAUAUUUAUUAAUUUUA